GGAAAGUUCUUGUUCCCAGAAGACAGUGAAAGGGAGAGAUCUUAUCCCAGUUUGUCUAUUUCGCAAACAUCCCAUAUUUACAGGAUGAUGAAUGGGCUACAGCAAGCCGGGACGAGUCUGCUCUGAUUACAGCAAAUAUGAGUUUACUCUGACGGCGAAGACGUACGUCAACGCGCGCUGGCUUCAGCAUCUUAAAUCCGUUGCCAACUUGGGAAUUUAUUACACUUCAGCUCUGCAACCCGAGGAGCUCCCUGCCAAGCUUUUUUUCGUGCCACGGCGUUUAGUGCUCUGAACUUCAAGCUUGUCGUCAUGUUUGAUGCUUUUGGGACUCCGAGCGUUUCCCUCCCGAGCGCGGACACCAAGAGCAGCCUGGCCGCGGACAGAGGGAUGGGGAUGGAGAACCACGCUGGGAAGAAACUUAUGGAAAUAAGUGGACCGGCUUUAUCCAAAAGAAAACUUCUGGUCGGCUUGGACUUCCUCUGCCUCUUGCUUGCAUCCAUUCCAUUCUUUGCAUGCGAGCUGAAGGCAGUGAGUCCCUACAGGAGGGGCUUCAUCUGUGGGGACCCCAGCAUCACCUAUCCCUAUCUACACAGUGAAGCCAUACCAGACGAAUUACUCAUCGCAGGUGGCAUCAUCAUCACUGGCGUCUCAAUUGCCCUCGGGGAGUGUUUCCGGGUGCGCUUCCGAAGCGUCAGCUCCAAGGCUUUUGUCAGGAACCUGUACGUGUCCUGUCUGUACAAGGAGCUGGGCUGCUUCCUGUUCGGAUGCUGCGUUGGGCAGUCUUUAACCAACAUGGCCAAACUCAGCGUGGGACGGCUGCGACCGCACUUCCUAUCCGUGUGCGGGGUCACGUAUGCGUCGCUCAACUGCACACCUGGAACCUACAUUGCAGCAGUGACCUGUCUCCAGCCUGACCACCGAUUAGAGGAAGAGGCCAGGAAAUCUUUCUUCUCCGGACAUGCUUCGUUUGCGAUGUACACGAUGCUCUACUUAGCAUUUUACCUGCAGGCCCGCUUCACGUGGCAUGGGGCCCGUCUGCUGAGGCCUGUGCUGCAGUUUUUCUUGGUCCUGCUGGCUUUCUACACAGGUCUGACCCGGAUCUCAGACUACAGGCACCACCCGUCCGACGUACUAACGGGCUACAUCCAGGGGGCCCUCACCGCUUACUGGGUGGCGUUCCACAUCUCGUCCAUGUUCAAAACCUCCAGCUCAGACCUGUCUCCAACCGAGACCCUGGACAGCCCCUUGUCCCCCCACCAUUCCCUCUGCUAGACCUCCCACCCGCGGGACGCUGCAUGCACCCACGUCCACCUGCUGCCUGAGUUCUGGUCUGGACAGGCAAGAGAUCUGAAGAAUGUGAGACCAUUUCCUGUGGAAUCGAAUAACAUACCUCAGUAUUUUGAUAGAGCAUGAAACAGAGCGGGGGAGGAGGCUUUCUGUGAUGCUAUCUGUGACUCCGAAAGAGAAAAAAGCCGUCUGCAUGGACUGAAUGAAUGAAAGAGAUAAGCGACUGAAAACUUGGCUUCUGUUAUGUGUUAUACAAUAUAAGCAGUCUGAGCACUCCAGUGUUUUGCCCUUGUGACUGAUCAUAGUGUGACACGUGCCUCACCUGUGAGACAAGACUGAACACACACCUGCCACUAUCAUCCCACGGAUCCCUUGUAAAUACAAAUAUUACAUACAUAUUUUUUUACAACUCAGUUAUACUGUAAAAGCACUUUUUGAUUUUUAUGUUAGUAGUAUUAAAUAACAAUCUGCAAUGAUUAGUGUAUAAUAUAUUUUAUAUAAACAUGCUAUGUAAUGUAUAGCCUUUUUUUUUUUUUACAUAAACUUGUUGAAUGUUGUUGAAGGAAAGCACAAGUGGUGAGAGAGAAACUGACGUUUGUAAUAACAUGUGAUACGACGUGGCCGUGCAUUCUAGUUAAAUGACUAAAAAGGUCUUAAUAAAAUAAUCUGAAAGAUGGAAAUAAAUUAUGGUCUUACUACUUUUUUUUAAUAUAAUUCGGUCGGUCCGAAAUCACGAAAAUCUAUUAAAAAAAAGGGAUUUGUUUUAGACACUUUAUUUUGUGCAAAACCAACUUGGUCUUAUAACAUCUUGUUUUUAAAUGUUGUUUAGACACAGUUCAAAUAGUCUUGUUUUAAAACAACUGUCUAUCAGAGAAAAAUUUGAAAGAUACAUUUGAAAAAAACCCCAGUCUGAGUGGUUUCAACAAUACUGUAGUCCAGUCUCCCAGUUAUUCUAUUUACUAAGUGAAAUAAUUUAAACCUUCUGAGACAGAGAAACUUCUCUUCUUAUGUGAUAAUUCAAGAUAGGAAAAUGAGCUACAUCAGCCUUAGUUAAGUUCAAGUUCCCUGUCUGAAACUGAAAAAAAAGGAAAAGAAAUCCCAACAGUUUUGUCCUAGUGGACAGCAUUUGUUUUAUUUCGAUCACUAAGGUUGAACUUUCUUAAAUGAAACAAAAUAUUUCAUGUAGAAAUGGCCCCAGAACUGAGGGAUGAAUUUUGAACGUUUAAAAUCAUCAGUCAUCUCACCUUUAAGCAAAAUGUCCUCACUUCUGAAUUUACCCCCAAGUGGCCACCUGAGGAUCUGAUCCUCUGUGUUUCUCUUUUGGCUUCUUCAGUCGGUUCAGGAUGCCGGUAAAUGUUGCUGCUGUUUGGUGCUGGG